UUCAGAGGCUCUCUUUGUACUCUCACCCCUCCUUUCAUUCUCUGCAUUCUCUUGUGGUUUAGAAGGCUACCCAUUACUACUGUAGAUUCUUCCCAUUUUUCUUGGUUCACAUAGUCCAGAGGUUUAAAAAAUGGAUUAUGGAACAUUGGGGGAUUCAGAAUGUAGCAGUGGAUGUGAGUCUGGAUGGACUCUAUACUUGGAGAACUCAUACAUGGCUCCCUAUGGGGGCAAUAGAUUUCUUGAAGGGAAAGGGGGGUUUAGUCAAGAAAAUGGAUAUGAAGAAGAAGAAGAGGAAGAGGACUUAUCUAUGGUGUCUGAUGCAUCUUCUGGACCUCCACAGUUUGUUGAAGAAGAAGACUAUGGCAAUGACAACAACAAUGGCUGCUCUUAUCAUGCUGCUCCUCCUGUUAACUCUGCACCUGCAUUGCCUGUGAAGAGGCAGAAGAAGAAGGAAAAUCGACGUCGGAGCAUCGGGGAACACCCUUCUGCUCUUGAUGACACAGCCAGCUCUCCCAUCUUCAACUUGAGUAAUAAUAAUUUCACAAUCAACAAUCAAGCUUCAGUGGAGAAUGUGGUAUUGGAUUUCUCACAGGGAUACUCCACAACUCACUUGCAGGGGAGAUCCGUAUACCAGGAACAGUAUGGUUUCUUCAUGCCAUCUCUACUCCCUGAAAACCAGUUGCUGGUACAGAAUCAGUGGUAUGAAGGGAAGAAGUGGGGGUGAUAAAGUCAGAUCUUUUUUUGCUGUUGAUAACUGUCUACUGCAGUGCUGCUUAAUCCAUGUUCAGAGAGGGAAGGAGGGAAAAUUGUUCAAGGCAAUAGGAAUUGGAUCUGAAAGCAAGAAACCGAAAAAAGUUCCUCUUCCUUUCUUUUCUUUUCUUUUAUUUGCGUUUUCCUGUCAAUGCAGCAAGAAACAGCCAGAAAGAAACUCAUUUCUUGUUUCUCCGAAUUCGAUUUUGCUUAUCAAUGAAACACUUUAGCUCUGAGUUUUUUCUUGA